GCCUCUUUGUACAAAAUGGCUACGUCAAACCCUACACAAGCUAGCUUCCCGAAACCGCAUGCAUGUCGCCAUUGCUCAACCUUCGUCGUUCACCUACCCGACGUCUCCGGCGAAGAUGCAGGGGGCGCCGAGUGCAUAACGCAUCCGACAAAUCCAAGCCAGAAGCGACUCGCAGUUCAGCUGUUUAGCGAAGACUUCUGGACUGAGGAAUGGGCCGAAUAUCGAAACUAUUUCUUCCAAAGGACCUCUGGAAUUUCUUUUUUCGAUGCGACCAAAAAUGACCUGGAGCGAUUUGCCAGCGAUGGAUGCCUCCUCGCUCAACGUUAUGUGGCAUCACUGGGAGAUGAACUUCCUGAGAAGUAUGCCAUUGGAGCUAGAGUGCUGAAGGCUUCUCACUGGAGUGUCGAGCUGGGUCGAGUGGACUUGGAGGAUCUGCGGUGGGAGAUGCUGCUUGCUGAAGAGGAGGAAGAGCCGGAUAAUACUUAUUCUCUCCUGGCGCGAGAAGGUAGUGCCGUCGCUCAGGUUCUUGACAAUCACGAAAUCAACCUGCAGCCCAACGCUGCUCCUGCUUUGCAAGAAGCGAAGCGAUGGCUAGAAGCCUGUUUGCACAAUCAUCAGGAAUGCUCGAGGCCUGACUCUACCUUUACGCCAACCAGACUGGUGCAGAUCUCCCCCGAGUGUCGAUUAUGUGAAAUGGGUACACAGGUUGAGCCCUAUGCUGCAUUGUCAUACUGCUGGGGUGGCGACCAGGUCUUCAAGACGACUAUGCAGAUGCGACCUCGGUACCUAGACACAAUCGAUUCCACGCAAUUGCCUCAGACACUUCAAGACGCCAUAUACGUUGCGCAGCACCUCGGACUGAACUAUAUAUGGAUCGACGCACUCUGCAUUAUACAAGACUCCAUUCCUGACAAGGCUGUAGAAAUAGGUCGCAUGGCUCAGGUGUACGGUAAUGCGACCAUAACUAUAGGUGCCACACGGGCAAGUGCAGUCUGGAACGGCUUUCUGAGCACUCGCUCGCCGCUUGCGGCAGCUACUCCAAACAUGGUUUUCGCCCUCCCGUGCCAACUCAAUGGUCGAUACACGGGUUCCGUCACCUUGCUUCCAUUCACGAGCGAAGGCAUACAACCAUUGGACACAAGGGGUUGGACCUUCCAAGAGCGCGUCUUAUCUCCUCGCAUCAUCGAUUUUGGUACUCUCCGCACCCAGUACACCUGCCAGACACCUUUGAAGCGGGUCCCGAGUGACGGCUGGUCGCACCUCCCUCUGGACCGCGCGUACGGCACCGGCCUCGACGCUCGCCUGAUAGCUAAUCUCCUCGCUGGGCUCCAUCCUCCGGAGGAAAUGCUGCACCAUUGGAUGACCAUUGUAGAAGGCUUUACGUCCCGGGGCCUGGCGUUCGCCACUGACAAGCUGCCCGCAAUAGCUGGGAUGGCAGAACAUUACGGUACUUUGCUAGACGACCAGUACUGCGCCGGCCUCUGGCGACGCGGCAUGCCUGCGAAUUUGCUCUGGACGGCCGGCGACCGCAUCCAACAGAUUUACAAGGACUUCGAGCCACGUCUUUCCGGCGCCGACGUCGCCGCCCCUUCGUGGUCUUGGGCAGCCGUAAGCCGAGUCGUCACGCAUAGAAGCUUGUACACCGCAUUCCAGAACACAAUCAGGUGGAGCAUCGAAAUCGAAGACUGCGCUAUCACACUCGCGGACGCCCGAACACCGUAUGGUGCUGUCUCUGAUGCCUCUCUCAUCCUCCGCGCCUAUGCAAAGAAAGCGAGCUGGAACCAGCGCGAUGCGCGGAUCCUCAUGUCCGCACCGGACACACCAAACGUCGAAGACUUCUUGCACUCGCUUCACGGCACCGGAUCAACGGGCAUACCAUUCGGCCCUGAUGCGCUGGAAAAAGAAUUCCAAGAGGAUCCGAAGUGCGAAAUGGAGGUCUGGGCGUUGUUAUUUGGCACGGAUGAGCCGGACAAAAGGACGGGGCUGAAUUCUUCGUUCUUUGGGCUCGUUCUUAGGAGGGCGAGAGAUGGAGAGGGGUUUCAACGGGUGGGAGACUUCCAUAAGACGGUGGCGUGGGAGGGGUUCGGCGCGUAUAUGGCAUGGUUUGAGCAAGGAGGGAAGCAGCAGUUUGUCGUGAACUAGGUGUUACUCAGCCCCAAAAAUCGCAUAGUAGAAGCAGGCCCGAGGUUAAGCGUCAAUUUGCAC